AUGGCCCAACAAAUAAACAUCGUCAAAUUAAUUACCCUUUGUUGUGCUUUCUUCUUAAUCGUUACGUAUGUUUAUGCUGAAACAAAAAUCGUCAAAGUCGGUGGAAAUGGAUUGUUAAGAUUUGUCCCUCAAAACAUAACAGCUGUUCAAGGAGAUGUUAUUCGAUGGGAGUUUGAAGGUGGAAUGCAUAAUGUUGUUCAAAGUAAUGGACUCAGCUCAUGUGAACUAAGUCAAAAUGAAAAAUCUUUCAAUGGAUUUGAAUUACCAAUCACAGAUUCAAACGCAACGCUUUAUUACCUUUGUAGUGUAGCAAAACAUUGUGCGAAUGGCAUGUGGGGGGUUAUUUACGUUGGAGGAACUGAACCAACUCCAAUUGCUGCGGCUAAUCCUUCGAGUACUCCUGGCUCGAGUGCCGUUAGAUUCGUUGGUGACUUUAAAUUGGAAGCUUUUGCCACAUUAAAAAUAAAUAUGGAUAAAAAAUUAAUUAUCCUCAAUAAUUACGCAAAACUCCUCGAAGAUUCUGAUGAAUAUAAUGUUAUCAUAAAUGCCGGUGAAGGACCAUCCUUAAAAACUUUUAACGCUCAUUCCGUGAUUCUCAAAGCACAAUCCCCUUAUUUUCUCUCGGCUUUAAAAAAUUGCGAAAAAAAAAAUGACAAAUUUCUAUUCGAGAAACCAAACGUUUCACCCAAAGUAUUUGACGUUGUCUUAAAAUAUAUUUAUAGUGGUAGCAUCUCCCUCGUAAAUUUCAAUUCGGGAGAAUUGAUGGAUGUACUUGUUGCCGCUAAUGAAUUCAUUUUAAAUGAAUUACUCAAAAAAUAUUGCAACAAAACAAUUCAAGAAAAACCAUCAACACUUUUAGAAUCAGGUGAUUUUACUUUGUUAGAUGAAAAUGUGUUGAAAAUGUUACUGGAAAAGAAAAUAUUUAAAUUUAAAGAAAUUGAAAUUUGGAAGUUUGUAAAACAAUGGGGGAUCGCUCGAAAUUCAACUAUCAAUUUUGAUGAAGAUCCAAAGACCUGGACUCAAGAAAAUUUUUUGAGAUUGAAAGAAACUCUAAGUCCAUGUAUCUCCUCCGUUCAAUUUUCAUUGUGUACGUCAGAUGAAUUCUUCGAUCAUGUUAAACCUUUUAAAAAAGUCUUUGAUGAGGAUUAUUAUGAAGUUCUUUUAUGGAAAUAUAUUAGAAAACAAAAUUCAGGGAGAAAAUCGUUAAAAAAAAAAGUUUCCCUCACCCCAGCCACCCAGCGUCGUAACCAAUCCCAGGUUAGUGAAUUAUUUACAUUUUUCAGAGAUAUAACAAACCCAAUGUCCCCGGAAUAA